AGUGAAAGGUUGAAGGUUCUCUCAAUGGUUCAAUUUCGGGAUCACAAAUUAUUUGAAAAUAACAGAAUGUUUCCAACGAAAAGCAUGGAUUUUGUUGGUGAAGCGAACUGGUUCUUUCAUACAACUAGGAUGGAUGGUGAUACCUCUCCAUUCCAGAUCCCAUUAGCCAAUAGAUAUUCCAGUUCCACGGAUUCCACAUCUCCGGAAUCCUACUUAAAUACACCAAUCCAAAUAACUCAACCCCCAGAACAUAAUAGACCAAGAUUUGACACCCCAAGGCCAAGAUUUGAGACCCCAAAACCUUGUGAACGUAAACUAUAUGACACCCAACCUAUAUUCCAUGAUUGCCCUAUGGAUAGAUUCGAAACUCUAAACAGUAGUUUGAGUUACAGUACAUUUGACAGAGAAGUGUCUGAUUUCAAACAAAAUUGUGACACAAGUACAACAUUUGACAGGAGUUUGUCCCUUUUUGAAUCCCAAAGUUACAGUACAUUUGACAGAGAUGUGUCUGGUUUCAAACAGAAUUGUGACACAAGUACAUUAUUUGACAGGAGUUUGUCCCUUUUUGAAUCCCAAAGUUCUAAUCAAAGUCAAAUCUCUGAAACUCCAUUACAAUUCAGACAAAAAAGGGCAAUACUCGGUCGGAAAAUCUUCAAUUGUCAAUCAAUGUCCAUUAAUGAAACUGACACCGAUUCAGAUCUCAACAUCUGGCAACCUACAUCUUCAGUGUUGUCCGAAACGGCUGAAUCACUGUACGAAUUAUUUCCAUCAAAUGAAAACAGUUUUGAAUGGCAUAGUCCCACAAAAUUUGAUCAUAAGUCAAAUCUUUCGAGCACAUUAUCACAGACUUCUGUAUUGUCACCGUCUCCAAAUAAAGUCCACUACGAAGACUGGUCACCGACUUGGAAUAACGGCCAAACUCUAUCACAGACUCCAAAGAGACUCCAAAAUCUGUCACCGACUGCAAAUAAGAUCCAAAUUCUGUCACCAGACACUUUUAAUACCAUCAAAAAUCUGAAUGAGAGUCUGAAACCUGAAUUCAAACCUCCUCCAUAUCCUGAAUUCAAGUCUCCUUUUAACCCGAUCUUGUAUGCAGGAGCAUCUACAAGCCAGGACAAGAGUGGUCGGUCCAAAAUGUGCACGUUUUGUCGGAAGAAUGGAGAAACUUCCUAUGUCUAUAUGAACCACCGUGUGAAGGAGAAGGUUGGCAACAAAUACGUAGUUUCUUGUCCCAUCCUGCGGGCUCUUGUGUGCAGUGCUUGUGGGGCUUCCGGAGAUGAAGCUCAUACUAUUACCUAUUGCCCAGUGCUAAGGAGCGGUAACAACGGCAAGCCACUGCAGUCUACCACCAUCACACUGAAGAACACCCGUCUCAAGAGUAAUGGCAGGAAACGCCACUAGUUUGUAGGUACCUUUAAUUUUUUUUUUUAAUAAGAACGGAGACGCACUGAAAAUAAUUUUUUCGCAAACCAAAAUAUUAAACCAAAGUGCCUUUUACUCGAAACUGCGUUUUCUGGCUUACAGUCCUUUUACCACGGCAGAUUUGGCGUCACGAAAAAACUUGCUUAUAAACAGAGGUUUACACACAAAACGGUAA